CUAAAAUCGGUGUUUUCUGCGGCUUCCCCGUUUCCUCUGUAUAAAAGGUACAUAUUUACAUAUAUACAUACACACAGACACGCACACAGUAAUUCCCACCUUAAUCCGUGGCUGUACGGACUGUUCUCCUUCUCCACGGCGAAGGAGCGGAAAGAUAGCAAUGGAGUCAUCUCUCAAGGAAUAUUUUGGGUUCUCGAAAUUCCGGCCGUACCAGAAAGAGAUAGUGGAAAAUAUUUUGCAAGGAAAAGAUUGCUUAGUGGUUAUGGCAACUGGCAGUGGCAAGUCCUUGUGCUAUCAGGUGCCACCAUUGAUUGCGCAAAAGACUGCUGUAGUCGUAAGCCCACUGAUAUCCUUAAUGCAGGAUCAGGUGAUGGUAUUGAAGCAAAGGGGUAUAAGAGCCGAGUAUCUUUCCAGUGCUCAGACUGAUCGUAAUGUGCACACCAAUGCUGAAAGUGGUCAAUUUGAUAUUUUGUAUAUGACGCCAGAGAAAGCCUGCAUGCUCACUGCCAGUUUCUGGUCAAGAUUACUAGAGUCCGGAAUUUGCCUAUUUGCUGUCGAUGAAGCGCAUUGUAUAUCAGAGUGGGGUCACAAUUUCAGGGUCGAAUACAAGCAAUUAGACAAACUCCGUGAUGUUCUUUCAAACAUUCCAUUUGUUGCGUUAACAGCAACUGCUACUGAAAAGGUUCGUGGUGACAUUAUAAAUUCACUGAAGCUGCAAAAUCCUCAUGUAACCAUUGGCUCAUUCGACCGCAAGAAUCUCUUUUACAGUGUUGUAUCCUUUGACCGAAGUAAUACUUUUCUGAAUGAGCUUGUGUCAGAAAUCUCUGCAUGCAUUCAGAAAGCAGGCUCAACUAUAAUAUACUGUACAACUGUCAAGGACGUUGAACAGAUUUUUGAGUACCUUAAGGCAGCAGGUAUUGAGGCUGGAAUGUACCAUGGCCAAAUGUCUAAUAAGGCGCGGGAGGACUGCCACAGAGCAUUUAUCAGAGAUGAGUUUUAUGUCAUGGUUGCAACUAUAGCUUUUGGCAUGGGUAUUGACAAACCUAAUAUAAGACAUGUGAUACAUUAUGGCUGCCCAAAGAGUUUGGAAUCAUAUUACCAGGAAAGUGGACGUUGUGGUAGAGAUGGAAUUCCCUCCUUCUGCCGGCUAUAUUUUACGAGAAGUGACUUCACAAAGGCUGAUUUUUAUUGUGCUGAUGCACGAACGGCAGACCAAAGAAAAGCGAUAAUGGAGUCAUUCAUGGCUGCACAACGCUAUUGUAUGCUUACAACUUGCAGAAGAAAUUUUCUGUUAGGGUACUUUGGGGAGAAAACCUCAUCUGUUAACUGUGGAACAUGCGAUAAUUGCACCAACUCAAAGCAAGAGAGUGACAUGUCUAGAGAAGCAUUUCUUCUCAUGGCUUGCAUUCAGUCAUGCCAGGGUCACUGGGGACUCAAUUUGCCUGUCGAUGUCCUCCGUGGAUCUAAGUCAAAGAAAGUUCUUGAUGGUAAAUUUGAUAAGCUUCCAUUCCAUGGCCUGGGGAAAGAUAAGCCAGCUAAUUGGUGGAAGGCACUAGCUUAUCAGUUAAUUUCACAAGAUUAUUUGGUCGAGACCUUCAGAGAUAUUUAUAAAACUGUAAGAGUUGGACCAAGAGGGAUGCAAUUUUUGAAUUCCUGCAAUCCUGAUCAUCAGCCUCCAUUAUAUCUGACAUUGACUCCAGAAUUGGCGGUUGAUGACACAAACAAAGGCACAGUUGGUGAAGGAGUUGUCAAUGGUUUUGCUCAGCUGGAAUUUGAUGGAUUAUCCCAGGCUGAGGAUCGGCUCUAUAAAUUGCUUGUGGAAGAGAGAAUGAAACUUGCAAGAGACCAUGGGACUGCUCCGUAUGCGCUAUGUGGUGAUCAAACAUUGAGAAGGAUAACAUUGAUAAGGCCUUCUACAAGAGCAAGGCUAGCAAAUAUUGAUGGUGUAAACCAGUACUUUCUGAAAACAUACGGAGAUCAUUUACUACAAAUCAUUCAGCGUCUAUCACAAGAAUUGGGUCUUUCUUUGGAUGGGGAGCCAAAAGCAGAACCUCCAAUGCCAGCCAAUGUUGCCACUGUACCCAACAACAAAAGACUAACACCUGCCAAGUUGGAAGCUUGGAAAAUGUGGCAAGAAGAGGGCCUCACUGUCCAAAGAAUUGCUAAUUAUCCAGGUCGUGCAGCUCCAAUAAAAGAACAAACUGUCUUCGAGUAUAUUCUUGAAGCCGGAAGAGAGGGAUGCCCAAUUGAUUGGCUAAGACUAUGUCUGGAGAUUGGACUGACACAGGAGAUAUUUAAAGACAUUCAGGGUGCUAUAUCAAAAGUUGGGAAAGAGAAGUUAAAACCUAUAAAAAAUGAAUUACCUGAAGAGGUAAGCUACAGCCAGAUAAAACUCUGCAUGCUGAUGCAAGAUAUGGGAAUAUCAACCGGAGUUAUUUCAUCUACCCAUCAGCAAGGCCGCAAAGCAGAUGAAUCCAGGACGCCACAAAUCUCUGAAGGAUCGGGACUUUCAUGCCAGACAGAAGGAUCUCAGUCCAAUCUCGAGUUACUUGUUGACAAUGUAGAUUAUGAGAUGAAAGUUGUUGGUGUGCCUGAUGAUACUUCACUAGGGAAAUCAGUGGACAAAGCUCCCAGUCUCCUGAUAGAGGGUGUGGAUGCCAAACAGCCAGUAGCUGCUACUGAUGAAUUGACCUGUUCUAGGAAACGCCAAAAGCUCAACGUACCACGAGCACAACACUCCAUUGCUGUGGAGCCAACUGAGGGUUCUGUACUGAGUUGGCUUAAGAACUUCAACGAUGGCGUUACGCUAUCUGAUCUCUUGGAGCAUUUCAAGGGAUCAAAAGAGGAGGCAGUGAUCGAUCUGCUAAAGCAUCUGGAGGGUGAGUUUCUGAUAUUUAGAAAGAACAAUCUUUAUAAACUCAUGUAAUCAAUUGGUCAGAGAAACGCUUUUUCCUCGUGUAAUUAUCCAAAUUAGGAAAUCUAAAACGCCCUUAAUUUUCGUUC